AGGGUCACACGUGUGGCACUAGCUUCCAGCGUUUGGGUUCAUCAUGGGCGACAAGGAUGAGAAGUUGGCUCGGCUCCUGGACACAAUUGGCGCAGGAGCUGACCCCGACUUUGCCCGUGAGGUUUUAGUGGCCAACAACUGGGACCUUCAUGCAUCUGCAAUUGUCAUCCUUGGCGAAGGAGCACAAUUGGCACCGGCUCCCACUCGGGCACCUCCAGCUGCUUCUUCAACAGCCAUGACUGGAAUGCCUGAAGGUGGUAUGCCCUCAGGUCUGGGACGGAUGCCAUCCGCUGAUGUCCGAGCACCUAUGCGCACUGGCUUUUAUGAGACGCUGCUCACCACCGACCCCUCGGAGCAGGCCCGACAAGAUCGAGCGCGUGAAGAGGAACGCCUUCGUUUGGAGGCCGAACGGGUUGCAGCUGAAGAGAGAAAGAAAAGAGAGGCUGAAGAAGCCCGCAACAAGGACCUAGCACGGAGGGCUGAAGAGCAGCGUGCUGCAGCGGAGCAGAAGGCAAUCGAAAGGAAGAAGCAAAAGAUGCUGGAAGAGAAGGCCGCAAGCAAGAGCAAAGCCGCCAGAGGACGUAGGGAUGAUGACAGUGAUUCAGACCUGGAAGACAUCCCCAUCGAGUCUGGCAUCAUGCUGGCAGAGCUCUCAAAUCAGCUGGCGGGCAAGGCGCCAACGGAGAAGCCCAGGGAAGAAGAGGUUCCUGUGCCAGCUCCGCCCCCAGAGCCCAUCAAGGAGGAGACAAGUGAGCAGGCCUUGAAAGAUGCUGUUGUGGAGACCCCUGCUCUCCCCCCUGCUCCGCAGGUGGAGACUGCCGAGGCGACUCCCACGCAGCACAAAGAGGAACAACCGCCCGAGCCACCCGUGAUGGCAGCACCUGAAGCUGAGAAGGCUGCUGAUCCGCUGGUUUCAGCAUUGAGGACAUUGAGGAAGCAAUACAAAGAGGAACAACCUGCAGCGCUUGCAGCUUGUUACAGGACAUUGAAUGAUUGCAUCGGGCACGUGAUCAAAGAUCCCCAGGAAACCAAGUAUCAGCGCAUCAAAAGCGAGAAGUUCAGGAGCCGAGCUGGUGGUCUUGAGGGGGCAGUCGCUGCCUUGGAGGCAUGUGGCUUCCACCCUGAUGACUCCAAUGAGUUUCUCGUGAUGGACGCCGACUAUGCUCGGACACAGGGCCUUCGGCUCCGUGAUGCCCAGCGAAAGGUGGAGUUGCUGCUGGACGAGCUGGCGAGCGCGGGUUUCUGAUGCCAGUCCUUACAAUGCAGAAGAGCUGAAAGGCCUAAUACAGGCCGUGCGCAUCAUUUCCUAUUCAAAAACUCAUGUCACGAUCCAGCUUUGGAAAUGUGUCGUUCCCAGCAACUGAUUGGGAGGAGCUGCAAACAAUCUGACUCUGUACUAACCAGAGACGAACUGGCGGC